AAACAAAAAAAAAACUGAAAACGAGAACGCUGUUGCCGUUCCUGUGGUGCCGCGGCCACUGCUGUCUUCGUCUUUCACGCGUGAUGCCAGUCUCGGCCACUGUUCUGGUUUAUGGUGCUAGAUCAGCUCUAAAUGUGUCGCAGUCCGUACCACUUCUGCAUAGUCUGCGCCAGCAACAACAAUGCCAAUCACUGAGAAAUAACGAUGACGCGUUGACAGCAACAAGAGUGGGUUCAUUUCGAUUAAUACAUACAUACGCCCAGAUUCAGGAUGCCAUUCAUGGUAUCAUAGAUCUGCCUUCUUACAUCCAAGAAAUAACGCAGCAUUUAUAUUUUCAACGAUUGAAGAAGGUUUUUCAGUUAGGCUUACUACCGCUGUCAGUAAAGCCUGGCGCCAAUCACACGCGCUUCGAACAUUGUAUUGGCACCUUCAAGAGCGCCCAAGACCAGUUGAAUGCUCUACUCCGGAAUUCGAAUUACGAAUACGAACUGCCGGACUGGUGUCGUAAGUCCGUCGAAAUUGCAGCCUUGCUGCAUGACAUUGGCCAUGGACCGUUUUCGCACACUUGGGAGCACGUAUGCGAAGGACAAUUUAACCACGAGAAAAAUAGUGAGGCUUGUGUUGAUAGGGUUUUCAGCGAUGCCAGGGACAACGAACUUGUCGCGUUGCGGGAUGACCAUAAUGGACGUGGCGUAAAUCUCAUAAAAGCAUUAAUUUUGGGCGACAGGAGCAAGCUGAACUAUGUAAUGAUGCAGCAUGCAUAUAUCUUUGAUAUUGUGCACAAUAAAGUUUGUGGUCUAGAUGUGGACAAGUGGGACUAUCUGCGGCGCGACAAUCAUUACCUCCAAGUGCUCAGUGCUGAUGAAAUGGAUUUUGAUGAAGUCUUUCUGAACGCUCGAAUUGCGCCUGAUGGUCAACGAAUUGAGUACCGUUACGAGGACUACCAUAAAAUUUGGUUAUUGUAUUUGGCGCGCCACCGUUUACAUUUAGAGGCAUACCAGCUCCCCAAGGUUUUGCUGUGCAAUGACAUAUUUGGCGAAAUAGUUAGGCGCCAGCAGCCGCAUCUGCUAGACGUGAAUGCAGAAAGCGAUCCCGAGGAAUGGUUGCGGCUCAACGAUGAACGUGUAUUAGAGCAGAUUACCAAUGAUACGGAGGCGCAAUACUUGCGUGCAACCGAGAGGAUAGAAGAAGCUAACGAAGGGAGGCUUGUAAGGCGACGAAUAAGUGGGCCUGGUGAAGAUAUGAACUCGAAUAAAGUUUACGCCUUCUAUGGCAAUCCGAGCCUUAGGAGAGACAUAUUUCUUCAGGAAAAUCAACAACAAUCAACAAUCAUCGAAAAGUAUUUUAAACUGAAGUAAACAUACAUCCUACUCCGAGAAAAACGCCAAAGUGUUCAAGAAAUAUAUUUUUUAUCUUUAUCGUUUUAAAUUCUUUGCUUGCUACAUUUUAACUAUACUAUAGGUAAAUGGCUCAGGUUUUUUGUCUAACUAAUAUAAACACAUAUACUCAAAGAAAGGCACAAAGUGUUCAAUUUUCAAUUAUAAUUGAAUUAUAUUUUUUCUUGUUUAGUAUAAAUGCAGUGGAAUUUAUAUGAUAAAUAAACAUUUUGUUGAUUUUAA